ACGGCGUCGACUUUGAUGACGAAGACAAGAGGAUUUCUUACGAAAUGAUGAAGUAUUGGGCGAACUUUGCUAAAACAGGGGAUCCUAACAAACCAGACAUGCCCACCACGACCUGGCCACCAUACACAUCAGAUAAGAAAGAAUACAUCGAGUUAGGUGACGUCACCAAGUCUGCUUCUGACGUCAUACCAAGUCGUUGGAAGCUGUGGGUGACCACCAUACCGGAGAUCCAGGCGUCCCCCGUGGUCUCUAAAGCUCGCGGACGCUGUCCCCCGUAUCUUUGUCAUUGUUGCGGGUACGAUGUCUGCCUGGACGACAAGUAUCUGAACUAAAAGCAAACAAAAUGUAAUGUAAAGAGAACAUAACCCUUUCCUAAAUGACGUUCAGUUGGACUCUAAGGGAACCCUACAGGCCUCUAUCGGACAUCCUCUGAUUCCUGUACAACAUGUUUAAUUUUACUAAUGUUAUUGGAUUUGCUAUAAAUAAGAUGUUUUAAUGCUGAAUAAGAAGCUCAAAUAUUGUCAUGUUGAACUUCUGUCUUCGACGUUUAAUUUGAU